CUUUUUCUUUUUCUUUUUGCAAGCACCUCUCCAAAAGUCACAGUGACAUUCAUUACUGUGCCAGCUGGAACACAGCAAAGAUGGACUGCAGACAAGUGCUUUUUCUUUUCUGUCUCAUGACUUUUGGGCUUCUGAUUGUUCUUGAAAGAGGUGAUACUGUGGCUGUGGGUUCCAAGAAAGCAGCAGCUGGAGAAUUGAGGAAGGGAAGUGUGAAAAAGAGAAUCUUCAUGCAGGAAUCAGAUGCCUCUAACUUUUUCAAGAAGCGAGGCAAAAGAUCUACCAAGUCCAGAGACGAGCUCAAUGCGGAGACCCGCCAGAUGCUGGCUGCAGAUGAACAAAGGAGGGAGUACUAUAAGGAGCAGAGGAACGCGUUUGAGAACUUUGUUGAGGAAGAGCGUGAUGAACAGGAUGAGAGAAGCCGAGAACAGAUUGAGCAGUGGCGUGAGUACCAUUAUGAUGGCCUCUACCCACCAUAUCUAUAUAGCCGGCACAUCGUUUAACGCAAAUGGGAAGAAUGGAGUCCACAAAACAAUACAAACUGGAAACCUCUGCUGAGCGUGCAAUUGGCAGUACUAUUAUCCUAUUUGAAGUCAUGGUCACAUCGAUCUCUCUCUAUUGGCCCUACUUCAUCAGUCCUCAUAUUAGUAUCGACAUGGCUCAGAGAGUGCUGCUUUGCCUCCAUCAUGAAGCACUAGUAUGUAGACGCCUCUAGCCCUCAAAGAGCGGGGCAACGUUAUGCAGGCAAGAUUGCAUCUUUCAGCCCUGUACACAUCUAAGCAGCUCCUUUUAGAAUAGGGGUAGCUAACCCUCUGGUUGUGGGGGCUGAAGCGGCCUGCAAGCACAUUUUUCUGGCUCUCCAAGAUCCCAUUGAUUGUAGAGACAGCAAAAAAGGGGGGGAAAGUACCUCCCCCCCCAAUCUAGCAUGCUGUUGGAGAUGCAAAUCACCCCCUUCUCAGUCAUCAACUUGAUCAUUUGAUGGGUGGGAGGGGGUGGUCACCUCUCCUCCUUAGCUGAUCUGCAAAGAUGAGGUGAGGGGUGUUGUGUGCCUGAGUACAAGUGUGCAUGCCCUGUGAGAGUGUGGAGUGGCCCACCCAUUGCUGGCUUGCAGUUCCCAGUGGGUUAGUCAAGGGUAAAAGUGGCCUUUGGGAUAAAAAAGCUUAACUACCCUUGGUUUAGCAGCAUUCUAGAAUAAGCACUGUAUGUUGAUGGGGCCAUUGAAAAGAAACUAUGCCAGCUUCUGCUGUAUCUAGAGCAUUUCAAAUGAUUUUAGGCUAUGGGGCAAAGAGUACUGUCUUACCAUUGUAUUCGUUUAUUAAAUAUAUAUUCCCCUCUUGCAA